AUGGAUGGAUCCGUGGCAAUGGACGGGUUCAUAACGAGGGGGAAGAGGAAAGCCGAGUCGACGCUGGAGGAAAACGUGGACACCACGCAAGUAAAGCAGACUAUCACCGCCUUGUAUAAUCCCAUUGACAACACUCCCGACGGCGAUGGAGAAUCAACCGAUAUCAAACUGGCCAUACUUGCUUCAUUGCAUCCAGACUUCGGUCCUGAUGCAUUACUGGAUCUUCUAAUCGCCCACGAUGGAUCCGUGGAAGCCACCACGGAGGCUUUGAAAAGCACCCAGGGCGCAAGGCAGAUAGCCAAGAAGAAACCCUCAGGUAUCACUUCACAGGCUUCUUUACGCUCUUUCGCCGUUCCAUCUACCACCGGCGAUGGCGACCAUGGCGGUGCUAGUACUAUCCCCAAGAAACCCAAGCUCCUUUCCCGGAAAGGCGCAACACUCCAUCUCUACGACCCCUCCGACAUCAGCACCCACACCCCUUGCACCGUCAUCCAUAACUUCCUCCCCCCCUCGGUCGCCAAUAGCCUCUUGGUAGAGCUCUUGGAAGAAGCCAAGACCUUCGGCAAAGCCACGUUCAAGCUCUUCGAUAACGUAGUCUCCAGCCCCCACACAUCCGGCUUCUUUGUCGGGAGCGAUUACGAGCUCGCCGAGCAAAAAUCGGCCUACUUCUACAACGGCGCGCGCCUCUCCGAUAUCCGCCGCCUGACGCCUCAGCUGGAAACAGUGCGACCGUUGGUGCAGGACGCCGUUAAUCACGAGAUCCAGCAACGCAUCCGGACUCACCACCUGUACGGCGGCAAAAAACUCAGGUACCAGUCCCCCGACCGUUGGUCGCCCAAUGCGGCGUUUGUGAACUUGUACGAUGGCCCGGAACAGAAUGUCGGCUGGCACAGCGACCAGUUGACUUAUCUCGGUCCGCGAGCCGUCAUCGGGUCUCUUUCGCUUGGCGUGGCAAGGGAGUUUCGGGUGCGGAGGAUCUUGCCCAAGGAUAAGGACCAAGACGGUAACUCCAGCACCACAUCCAACGCCAACCUCGACUCCCUAAACCAAGGUCAAAUCUCCAUCCACCUCCCGCACAACUCCCUCCUCGUCAUGCACGCCGACAUGCAAGAGGAGUGGAAGCACUGCGUGACGCCAGCGCAGGCCAUCGAUCCACACCCGAUUGCGGGCAAGCGACGCAUCAACGUCACGUACCGUGAUUAUCGGCCCGAGUUCCACCCGCGGUACACACCGCGGUGCGCUUGCGGAAUCCCUACGAUUCUGCGGGUGGUGCAGAAGAAGAGGGAGAAUUGGGGCAGGUAUUUCUGGAUGUGUCACGCCGGGAAUCAGCCGGGCAAAGAGGCCUGCUCAUUCUUCCAGUGGGCAGAGUUUGAUGAUGACGGGAGGCCGUUGUGGAAAAAGGGCACGGGCACUAGAACCGCCGGGCUAGAACUUGAUACAAGAGAGUCCGCUCAAGCACCGCAGAGCCCGGAUAUGGAGCAGUAGUCAUCAACAGCGAGUCCUGAACAUGCACCCUCAGUGAGAACAACACAACCGAUGGCAAAACAGCCAUGGCCGUCGGACACAUAAGAGAGCAUGGUUUCCUUUAUAGACACUUGGAAUGAAUUCACUUUUUACCAUGUA